UCUUGGUACGAAAGAAAAUGUGCUAAUUGAUGUGAUUUGUACUCGAACAAACGAGCAAUUGAAUGCCAUCAAAACAGCAUAUGAAGGCGAAUACGGUAGAUCGCUGGAACGUGCUGUUAAAUGGGAUACACAUGGCGACUUUGAGCGACUUCUUGUUGCACUUCUUCAAGCGAGACGUGAUGAAAGCAAUCGUGUUGAUGAGAGCAAAGCAUAUGAAGAUGCACAAAAACUGUUCGAUGCUGGUGAAAAUACAUGGGGCACUGACGAAUCGACAUUCACUCAGAUUUUAGUGACCGAAAAUUUCCAUCAACUUCGCAAAGUUUUUGAGAAAUACAACGAAAUUGCUGGUCAUCCAAUUCAGCAAGCGCUUGAGCGUGAAUUUGGCGAUGACACAGAGAAGGGUUUCCUUGUUUUGGCUGACUGCAUUGAAAGCACACCACGAUUUUUC